AGUUGAGAGUCGAUUCUCGCAGGAAAGCUCAGUUGUGCUCAUGACUCGGCCGUGUGAAGACAUCCAUCUGCGCUGAGUGUUGUGUCGUGUGAGUGUGGGAGUCCCAGAGGGAGAGAUUUAAAGUCACUUCCCCCGCGAAACGGUCAUUCAGGGAUUAAGGUACCCUCGUGUCCCCCGAGGAGUGCCAUCCUGUGCAAAUCCUGUGCCCCAUGUGCCACAAUAUGACCAUCUGAAGUGCCUUGUGGGAUCAUUUUUUUCUUGUGUGAGUGGAGAAAAAAAGAAAUAUAUAUAAAAUUGUGCAAAUUGGUGAGAAUUACAUCACGAUUCGAGAAAUAAAAGUUUUUUAAGAAAGAAGAGGAUAGAGAAAAAAAAAUGAUGAGACUGUGGUGGAGAUCUGUGAAUCUCCUGGCAUGGUGUGGCGCCUACUUCCUUCUGCACAUCACCUUCCUGGACACCGUGGGAGCCUUUAAUGUGGACACAGUGAAUUAUGUGAAGUACGAGGGGCAUCAUGAUUCAAUGUUCGGAUUCAGUGUGGCUCUACAUCAGGAAUCUCAGCGGAAAUGGAUAAUCGUGGGUGCCCCCCAAGCGGACACAUCCGCUAUUCAACCUGAAGUUGUUAAAGGUGGAGCAGUCUACAAAUGUGAUCUCGCCUCUGAUAGUCACUGCCAAAUAAUCCCAUUCGACCGAAAUGGGCCCCAGAGAAAUGAACAAAAUGAUAGAGUGGAUACAAAGUCUUUUCAAUGGUUCGGAGCAACUGUUUCCAGUUCAGGACCCGAUGGACCCGUAGUGGCAUGUGCCCCGAGAUAUGUCUUUCACACGAUGUCACCGCGCAAAGUUGAAAGAGUGGAGCCCGUUGGAACAUGCUAUUUGGCAAAGAGCAAUCUUCUUGAGUUUACAGAAUAUUCACCGUGUCGAACAAUGUAUUGGGGCUAUCAUCGUCAAGGAUCUUGUCAAGCUGGCUUCAGUGCUGCAAUUUCCAAGAAUGGCGAACGAGUCUUCAUUGGUGCUCCCGGCAGCUGGUAUUGGCAAGGACAAUUGUAUUCCAUACGCGCUGGAAUUGAAUAUCCAUAUAAACCACCAAGAUACGGACAGUACGGCGAAGGAGGACAAAUAUACUCAACGGGAAUCUCAAAUCCAGGCACAAAAGUCUAUCAGACAAGCGAAAGUACAGCCUCCGAAGAUGAUUCCUACUUGGGCUAUUCAGCUGUUAGUGGGGAUUUCAGUGGAGACGGUGUAGCCGGUGUGGCUGUUGGUAUGCCACGUGGUGGUGGGCUUCUGGGUAAAGUUCUCAUCUAUUCGUGGAACCUAACGAACCAGCAGAAUAUUACGGGUGAGCAAAUUGGCGCAUACUUUGGCUACUCCCUGGCAGCUGUGGAUGUGGAUGGGGACAAAUUGGAUGAUCUUAUCAUUGGUGCCCCCAUGUAUACGGAGCCAAACAAUGAGGGAAAGUACGAGAUGGGCCGAGUGUAUGUAAUGUAUCACAAUAAGAAAUUCCAGGAGCUCGAUACUCGCGAUGGCGUGACGUCCAAGGGGCGCUUUGGUAUGGCGCUAACAUCACUCGGUGAUAUAAAUCUCGAUGGGUUUGGUGAUUUCGCAGUGGGUGCUCCCUACGAUGGGCCACGGGGUCAGGGUGCUGUGCACAUAUUCUAUGGCUCCAACAAGGGACCCCUGCCGAAGGCAUCUCAAGUAAUCUACGCCGAAGAUGUCAUUGGUACCCCCUAUCUCACAACAUUUGGCUUCUCCCUUGCGGGUGGAGUUGAUCUCGAUGGGAAUCAGUAUCCCGAUCUCGUGGUGGGUGCCUACGAGGCAAGUAAAGCCAUUGUCUUCAAAUCACGCCCCGUUGUGGUACUCCAUGCCAAUGUUGGCUUCGAAACGGACAAUAAGUUAGUCUCGCUGGAAGAGAGGAAUUGCACACUGGCCAAUAGGAAUAAGGUCACGUGUGCUAUUAUUAAUUCCUGCCUCAGAUACGAUGGUAUCAACGUCCCACCGACCAUUGACAUUGAAAUAUCGUGGGUGUUGGACUCCAAGAAGCUCAGGCAGCCACGUAUGUUCUUCCUCAGUGAGGAGAAUCGAAAUAUCCGCAAUGCCUCAAUGAGAUUAUCACGAGGACGUAGUGAUUGCCGAAAGGAUCGGGUUUACAUUCCGGAAACCAUCCGCGAUAAAUUAACAUCAUUGGAAGUUGAGAUGAAGUACAACUUGCGAACACAAUCACCUCCUCCUCUCCAGUCAAUCCAGUCCCGGCGUCGACGUGCUGCACUCGAGCCAAUUCUCGAUCACAAUCUGGGACUCAUUCAGCGUGACUCUAUUCAUAUUCAGAAGAAUUGUGGACCAGACAAUGAAUGCAUUCCAGAUAUUCGAGUUGAGAUCAAAACUGUGGAUAAAUUCUUGCUAGGAUCGAAGGAUUUGCUAACAUUUGAGGUACUCGUGGCUAAUGGUGGUGAGGAUGCCUUCGAGACGAGCUUCUACAUGACAAUCCCACCAAGUGUAAAGUACAAGAUUCUCCGUCCAAUUGGUGAUACCCCAGACACCCCAAUCACAUGUACAGCACCAACGGAACAGAGUCAUCUGCUGAAAUGCGAUCUCGGCAAUCCCUUCCCAUCUGGUAAGGCAGUCAAGUUCGAGGUGGCCCUCAAUCCAACGUACACUGCCAAUAUGGAUCCCAGCUAUGACUUCUACAUUGAGGUCAAUUCGACAAAUCCCGAAAAGGAGGGCAGCACCUACGACAACAUCAUCCGGAAGAAUGUCGGCAUCUGGCUAGAGACCGAUCUCACCAUCACUGGAAAAUCCCAACCGGAAGAGAUUCACUACAACAUUUCGCAAUAUACGGAAUUCGAGAAUGCAUCUUCAGAACACGAUUUGGGCCCUCAAGUAGCUCAUGUGUACGAUAUACGAAAUUUGGGACCAUCUGUUGCUGAUGAAGUGGAAAUUUAUCUCAUGUGGCCAUACGAGACGCAAGAUGGGCAACCACUCAUGUACAUGCUGUCGCCACCAGAACUCAAUGGGAACAUCUAUUGCGACCCAAGUGCCUAUAUCAACUACAAGCGUAUUGAGACAGAUCGCGUGCUCGCCACGAAGAGUAUUCUCAAGCAAAUUGGCGUCCAGGAACGUGUUGCUGGGCAUCAUCGUGCCUCAAGUCAGGGCCAUAGAUCCGAAGUAAUCGUUGAGCACGGGGGAAGGACAACAGGAGGACGAGGAUCCACCAUGUACGGCAAUAGGAGACUAAGUGAGGAAGAAAAGAAGAAACUCGAUGCAGAGGAGAAUAUUGAAUCAACAGGAGAUGCUUCUCUCAUUCAUCGUGAUCGCGCAAGCCAACAAGCAUCUGCAGCAGGAUUCUCCACAGGACGAGUUGGCCAGGGUGGGCACUUCCAGCAUUCAUGGAGUUCAUCCCGAGGUGGUGGAUCACAGUAUUCAGCGCAAAAUUCAUCCUACGGUGCCUACGGAGGAGGGGAUAGCCGCAGAAUAGCUUCAGCGUAUCAAGUAUCAACAGCAGCACCAUUCACGAGACCCACACCCACACCAACAAUCUACAGAUCUGGUUUAUACAAAAUUGACGACAUCCCCACGGAGGAGCAUGUUAAUCAGGACAUUUCACGCCUUAGUGCACGAACGGAGACAUCCACAGCAAGUACAGGACGACGAAGAAUGAUGAGUCAGCAGGAUGGUGAACCACCCCGGCCAGAUCUCAUCACGGGUGCCUCUCCGCUCGAUAAGGCCGUUCAGGGAGCUGGUCAUGGGUCAUUCCAUACAGCUACUGUAGAUCUAGGCCAAUUGGGAAGUCGCACAAAUGUUGACGAUGAAAUUCAUCGACGUGGUCAAGCUGCCCACAUUGCAAAUUCCUAUGAUUCCGGAAACCGUGGGCAUGCCUACAACUACCAACAACAAACCGGUGGCACAAGAACAGCAUCAUCCUCCGCAUCGGGUUUCAGUCAAUCUGGAAGACAGUCUUCAUCCUCGUGGCACGCGAGUAGUCCACCGGAUCCACUGAGUGAAGAGGAUGACUACACCUUUGAGGAUGACUACGAAGAACCAGAAGACAACAGCCAACCAGCUGGAUACCGUCCGACACAUCAUGGAAGAGUUCCUGAUCGCUUCCAGCACUACAGACGCUUCCAGCGAUCACCCGAAGAUGAUGAUGCCGAACUCGAGAAGGAACUCUUCUGCAAUGUAACCAGAUGUGCCGUGCUGAGGUGCAUUGCCUACAAUCUCGUCAAGGAUGACAAUGUGUACAUUGCAAUUAGGACGCGUCUCGUAGCCAGGACGCUUGACAAGUUGACUUUGAGUACCACAAUUGAUCUCUCCACAAAAGCCGUGGCCAGAGUCACAAGGCAACCAUUUAUUGGUGAGCCCAAAGAGAAGCCCAUCAAAUCCUUUGAAAUCCCCGUGAUGGCAAUCCCUGAGCCCAUCAUGAAACCCGACGUUGUGCCUCUCUGGGUGGUUGUUGUGUCUGCAUGUGCUGGCACACUCAUCCUCCUUCUCCUCAUCUAUCUCCUCUACAAGUGUGGCUUCUUCAAUAGAAAUCGUCCAAAGGAUCACUCCCAGGAGCGGCAGCCACUUAACCGAAAUGGAAAUUAUCACGGAGAUGAGCAUCUGUAGGACUUCCAAAAAGAAAGAAAGAAACGACCUCUCCCUCGCCCCCCAUCCCCCAGUUAAUCUGUGUUCCCCCCAAUCCCCCGAAAUCCCACGAAUUAAUUUCUACGACAAAGUGUACUGUAAAAGUUUCUACUAAUUAACUGUUGAUAUUAAUUAAGAUUUUUUUUUCGCGGGAGAAGUUUUUGAGAUGAUGAACAAAAAAAAUGAGAUUGCAAUUUUUAUGUGGUAGUGAAUUAAUUUCAUAUUUAUUAAUUUUUACCAUUUACGAAACAAAUUAAUUAAUCUAAAACCAAAAUGCGUUACUACUAAUGAGAAACACACAAAAAAAAGUAAUAAUUGUAUAGAAAUCGUAUAAAAAAUCGCAUUAUUGUAAAUUUAGGAUGAAAUUUUGAGUGCCAUUAAAAAGUGACUUAGUGGUUUAUUAUACUUAAAUCGCUUUUUGUGCAGCCUGUACAAUAUUAAAACGAAUAAUAGAGAUAAACAUAGGUGAGAAAAA